AUGAGCGCCCUGCUGCUAGGCAGCACAGAAAUCCGGCUCUACCCGAGCCCCGCAGCUGCGGCCCCGCCCGCCAGCGUCGCCACCGCCAGCGGCGCGCCGGCCGCGGGGUGGCUCCACCCACCCGCCGCGCCCUCCAACUCUGUCGGCGCCAUGGGGGCCCAGAUCCACCCCUGCGCGCCGGCGGCGUUGGCAGCUUCCCCCGAGCAGCAGAGCCACCAGGCCUACGUCGUGCCGCCCGGCUCGCUGGUCGUGGAGGGCCGCCACUACUGCGGGCCGUGCGGCUGCACAGAGGACGCGCUGAUGGUGGACCCAGGGGCGAACGUGUACCGCUCCCUGGCGGGCCCCAGCGGCGUCCCCCCCGGCAUGCUCAAGCUUCCGACAGGCGUCGGAGCGGGAGACGUGUGCCGCUACUUUCGCCUGGUCGUGUCGUGCGACGGCCAGGGCAGGUUAAUCCUGGAGCACCGCGAGCUGCUCAGCACCAAGCAGCUUGUUGGCGUGGUAGCCGCCGCAGGCUUCCUGGCUGACGUCAAGCGCCUCCAUGGCGGCGGCGCGGGCGGCGGCGGCGGUGCGGGCGGCAGUGGCGGCGCGGGCGGCGGCGACGACGCCGCGGGCUGGGACGCAGCGGCAGCGGGCGGCGGCGACCACGCCGCGGGCCGGGACGCAGCGGCUGCGGGCGGCGGCGACCACGCGGAGCCGGCGGCGCCGUUUCCCCUUGUGGACGGCCUGCCCUCCUCGCCCGCAGGGCUCUGGACGGUUGAGGAGGUUAUGCUGGUCCUGGGCGGCGCCUUCAUCGCCACGUGGCCUCACGAGCUCUGCAUGACAUUCGUUUCGGCGGAGGUCUUGGCCGCCGUGGAGCGCGGGUACACCCCUGGGUCCGCGCUGCUCAGAGAGGCAAAAGGCGACGACAUCAUGGAGCUGCGGGCGGCCACUGCCCUGCUGGAGGCCGCUGUGCCAGAGGCUGGGGCCAAGCUGAGAAUGGCGGACGGCCGCACGGUGGCGAAGAAACUGGACCCCGGCGAGGACGGCAGCAAGUGCAUCCUGGACUCGUAUUGCCGUGAGGUCGUCGCGGCGCUGCCGUGGCACUCAGCACCGACGGGCGCGGGCGCAGGCGGCGGCGUGGCGGCGGCGCCCCCGCAGCUGCAGCUCAAGGCGGUGCAGAUCGCCACAGAUUUUUUCAUGGCAAACUAUAUCCCCACCUCGGAGGAAGAGGACGGUGAAGAUGGCGGCGGCGGCGAUGCGGGCGGCGGCGGGCCACCACCGGGUGCCCCGCAGCACGAGGACGAGGAGGCCGACACCGCGGGGCUGGACGACCGCAACUACGAGCUGCGCUGCCCGGAGUGCGGCCAAACCGACUGCCAGCAUGGCGAACACGGCACCGGCCGCGUCGGCGUCGGCGUUGGCGGCGACGGCGGCGACCGCGGGCUACGCGACGGCGGCGGCGGUGACGUCAGCGGCGGCGAUGAUAGCGACGGCGACGGCGGCGGCGGCAGCGGCGACGGCGGCGAUGGCGACCUUGAGGACCCGUAUGGUGCACUUCUGGUGCUGCAGGGCAACGGGAUGGUCAAGGAGGACGAGGGGAGGGUGGCGGAGCAGCAGGGUGAGAGCCCCAGCAGCAGGCGCCAAGCCGCCUCGCCCGCCGCCGGGGAUGCCAGCGGCCAGCAGCUGCCCUCGCCUUCGGCGGUGCCGUCUGGCGCCGAGGGCCCCUGCGCCCCAGCCGAACGGGAAGACAGCCAGCCCCCGGAGCUGCCCCCUCACACAGCACGCAGCCCUGAGGGCAGCGGCAGCAAGCGGGGCCAGGCGGCGCCCAGCCGUGCAGCUGCAGCAGCAGCGGCAGCAGCGGCAGCAGCGGCAGCGGCGGGCACCGCAGCUCCAGAGGCGAAGUCGCCCCCUCACCUGGUGGCGCCGCACGUGGUCAGGGGUACACCGCUGAGGCCUGGGCAGCAGGUCAGAUUCGCCAGCCGCAGCGGAGGCAACACGCGAGGAGGCGGCGCCGGCGACAGCAGCGGAGAGGACGAGUAG